CAAGCUCUGUGUAACUACUCUCCGGUCUUCAAUAUUCAUACUGCAACCAUAACCAAAAAUGAAGAACUCUUCCAAGUCUCAGAAGCCUCAAGUGUUCAUCAAUUUCAGGGGUAAAGCUCAAAGAAAAAACCUGGUGAGCUUUCUAAAGCCAAAACUAGAGGCAAUCAGAGAAAUCAAAGUUUUCAUGGACGAGGACGAGAUUAGAGGGAAGCCAAUCACAACACUCUUCGAACGAAUCAGAGAGUCAAGUAUCGCACUAGUCAUCUUCUCAGACAAGUACACCGAGUCAUGCUGGUGCUUAGACGAGCUCGUUGAGAUCAAGAACCAAAUGGACAAAGGAUCUAUCGUUCCUUUUCCAAUUUUCUACAAAGUGAAACCUGAGUCCGUCAAGUACCAGACUGGUCCCUUCGGUAAUAAUCUCCUCAAGACUGAAGAUGCCAUUCGCAAAAACGUUGACCGGAGAAACACUAGGUCAAUACUUGAAACAGAGGAUAUGAUUUGGGGAUGGAGGCAAGCUUUAGUUUCCAUAGGCGGCAUAAUGGGGUUAACUUAUAAUCAUAAGUGUGACUCCGAUUUCGUUGAUGAUAUUGUGGUCCAGGUCAAGAAAAUGUUAUUGUUAGCCAAUUUGUCUCCAAGAAAUGGUCUUACAAUCAUAAAGAGACCUCAGAUGCAUCCUCAGGAAGAAGUAACGUCGUACUCGUUGUUACAAGCUUUAAACCUUAAGGAAUCUGAUCUUGAAGAUAUCAAUGGCGUGGUUUCCCAAGGCACUGAUCGUUUGGUGUUUCUUGACCUGAUCUCUCUUCAGAAUCCUAUCCUUACUCAACGACUAAUGGAGCUAGUUCAAGCUAGAAAGAUUCUCUUGGUGUUGUUAGGUUCUCUAGAAUACUACAAUAAUGGAUUUACUUUUGACCGUCUCUUUCUACCUAAGAAACCUCAAGUAAGCUACUCUGAUAUGGUAGAGAGUAAUGACAAUCUGCGUAAUAAUCCCCAAGUAAGCUACUCUGAUGCUGCUUUGACCUGCUGCUUGUCAUUCUUAUGUAACAUACUAAAACGUACUGAAAUGAAAAUCGAAGACCCUCCAUCUCCAAGAGUGUUCAUCGGUCUCGGAGAAAAGCAUCUAGGAAAGUUCCUAGUGACCUCUUUGAAAAGAGAAUUGGAAACGAACCAGAUAAUAGUGUACUAUUUAGAGGAUGAGACGAGGAGCAGGAUCCAAGAGUCAGGGGUUGCAGUAGUAUUCUUCUCAAAUAAGUACCCUAAGUCAGAAAAGUGUCUUGAUGAGCUCGUUGAGAUCAAGAAACUGAUGGACGCAGGGCAAAUCGAUGCCUUCCCUGUUUUUUACGGCUUGAAGCAUGAACCAGUUAGGAAACUGAACGGAUGUUUCCUUAAUAGGCUUCUCAAGAUAGAGAAUGAAGUGCGUAACAACAUCAAGACGAGAGAUGAUAAGUCUGUGAUUGAAACUGAAAAAAAAAUCUGGGGAUGGAGAGAAGCGAUCUCAUCCAUUGCCUCAAGACCGGGUCUGAGCUAUGAACUUAGCACUGAUGACGUGUUCGUCAGUGAUAUUGUGACUAAGGUCAAGGAGCUAUUUGCCUCUAGGGAGAAACAGAAGACAAAAGCAGCAACAACACUAGUCAAAUCCCCUGAUGCUGACUUAUUCUACUCCAAAAAUUCGUUUUUACAAGCUUUAAACCGUGACAUUACAGACUUUGAAGGCUUCACAGAUAUCCCCAAUGAUCUUGUACUCCUGAGGCUUAAAGGACAGACUAAUCUAGUGUUCCUCAAACUGAGUUCUCAUGAAAAUCUUGUUCGGUUUCAGAGUUCUGACUCAUUCAAAUCCAUUACAGAGGCUUUUGCUUUGAAUUCUAUGGAUGUUAUCAGAUUUAGCGAGCCUUCUCUGGCCUUGGCAUUAGAGUCCUAUCAAUCUCAGCAAUGGUCUUAAAAUGCGUACCACAUUAAAUAAUUACUAUGCUUCAAGUAUUAAUGCUUCAUCUUAAACUAAAAUUAACAGAUGAUACAAUUUUGGCAGAAACAAAUGUUUUCAGAUGGAUUUAGUUGGAGAGAUGAGGCUCAUAAAACACUUCUUCUUUGCUUCCUUGGGUAUCAAGUUAAGCCUCUCAAAUAAUCAUGAACGUGGACGGAUAUAUUAAAACAAUCUACGUGUAUAUGAGUAGUUUCUUCAUUUAUCCCGUUGAAGCUUUGUUUGCUACCUGUAAUUUCUGAUCUGUGAAGCCUAACUAGUCAACUGCGAUCAAACAUAUGUUUCAGAGUAGAGUAAGCCUUAAUUCCCUAGCUACCAAACAAAUUGAUCCUUUGGUACGCAUUUGUGGACAGCGUUAUCAUAUAAUAUAUAAUCCAUUAGCCAAAAUGAAUAAAGACAAUGAAA